AUGGCUAGGACCAUCACUUUUGACAUUCCUUCCUGUUAUCAACUCGUCGAGCUGGUGGGUGAAGGUGCUUAUGGAACGGUCUGCUCUGCCAUUCACAAACCGUCCGGGACCAAAGUGGCUAUCAAGAAGAUUCAGCCCUUUAGUAAACCUAUGUUCGUGACGCGAACCCUGCGGGAGUUGAAGCUACUAAAGCUUUUUCAUAGUCAUGAGAAUAUCAUAAGCGUUUUGGAUGUGGUUAGGCCUUUGUCGAUGGACAAGUUUCAAGCGGUGUACCUGGUCCAAGAGCUUAUGGAAACCGACCUACACAAAGUAAUAAGCGGAGGCGGCUCAAGCUUGAGCGACGAUCACAUACAGUACUUCACGUACCAAAUCUUGAGGGCUCUGAAAGCCAUUCACAGCGCCCAGGUAAUUCACCGAGAUAUCAAGCCAUCCAAUUUAUUGCUGAAUUCCAACUGUGAUUUGAAGGUAUGCGACUUCGGUCUGGCGCGAUGUCUGGCGUCUAGCACUCAUUCGAGGCAAAAUCUGGUAGGUUUUAUGACCGAAUACGUAGCCACACGCUGGUAUAGAGCACCGGAAAUCAUGCUCACUUUCCAAGAAUAUACAACUGCUAUGGACAUCUGGUCCUGCGGGUGCAUUCUUGCGGAAAUGAUAACAGGUAAGCCCCUUUUCCCGGGUCGCGACUACCACCACCAAUUAUGGCUCAUAUUAGAGGCGCUAGGGACGCCUUCAUAUGAGGAUUUCGAAAAUAUAAACUCUAAGCGGGCGAAGGAAUAUAUUUCGAAUUUACCGCUACGACAAAAAUUGCCCUGGCAGUUAGUACUUCAGACGCAAACCGCCAAUCCCGAAGCACUUGAUUUAUUAGACAGAAUGCUGACUUUUAAUCCUGAUAAACGAAUAAGUGCGUCAGAUGCUUUGGGCCACCCGUAUUUAAAGGUAUAUCAUGAUGCGGAGGACGAGCCAGAGUAUCCACCCUUGAACUUGGACGAUCCAUUCUGGAAAGUUGACAACAACCUCAAACAACAAUCUGAUGAAAACGAACUGUCCAUGGACGUUUUGAAGCAAAUGCUUUUUGAAGAGGUGAGUAAGUCUCUUAGUUGA